AUGCUGCUGCGGGCCGCGGUGCUGGCGGUGCACGCCGGGCUCCUGGCUGCCCUGCGCCCCGGCGACCCCAAUGUCUGCAGCUACUGGGAGAGCUUCACGGCGGCAGUGAAGGAAUCCUACACCAAACCGCAYGUCGUGUCCUCCAGCGAGCCCUGUCCCGAGGGGCUGGGCCUCCCUCUGCCCUGCCCGCAGCAGAGCUGUGGGCAGCGCUGCCCCUGCCACCACGGGGCCCCUUGUGACCCCCUGACUGGGGUCUGCUCCUGCCCCCCUGGCUUUGCCGACUCUCUGUGCCGCCAGCCGUGCCCGCCUGGCACCUACGGGCAGGGCUGUCACCUCCCCUGCCAGUGCCACCACGGGGCCCCCUGCAACGCCUCUACCGGCGCCUGCCUCUGCCCASCGGGGCUGAGCGGCCCCCUCUGCGAGGUGCCCUGCCCUGAGGGGACAUCCUGCGCCACACCCUGUCCCUGUCAGAACCAUGGCAUCUGCCACCCCUCCAGCAGCAGCACCUGCGUCUGCCCCCAUGGAUGGAUGGGGGAGAUCUGCUCUGUGCCGUGCCCUCCCGGGCACUUUGGCUCCGGCUGCCAGGGCGAGUGUCACUGCCACAACGGGGGCCACUGUGACCCCCAGAGGGGACAGUGCCAGUGUGCCCCUGGCUUCACUGGAGAGAAGUGCCAGGAGAGGUGCCCGGUGGGGCGYUACGGGCAGGACUGCCAGGAGAGCUGUGACUGUGCCAAUGGGGGCCAGUGCUUCCACGUGGACGGGGGCUGCCUGUGCGAGGCCGGCUUCCAGGGCAGCCGCUGCGAGGAGAGACAUUGCCUGCCCGGCCUCUAUGGUCUGCACUGCCAGAGCCGCUGCCUCUGCCACCCCCAACACAGCCAGAGCUGUCACCCGAUGCUCGGGGAAUGCGUUUGCCUCCCUGGCUGGGCCGGGCUCUACUGCAACGAGAGCUGUCCCCCCGGACACUUUGGGCCAGGCUGCCUGCAGAGCUGCCUCUGCCUCCACGGCGGGGUCUGUGAUGGCACCACCGGCCACUGCCACUGYCCCCCGGGCUACACGGACGAGCACUGCUCCUCCCUGUGUCCCCCCAACACUUUUGGGAUGAACUGCUCGGGGCACUGCUCCUGCCAGCACGCCCUCGCCUGCUCCCCGCUCGACGGCUCCUGCUUCUGCAAGGAAGGCUGGCACGGACCUGACUGCUCAACACCGUGUCCUGCUGGUACUUGGGGUCUCAGCUGCAACCGGAGCUGUGACUGCGCCCACAGGGCAUCCUGCGACCCCCAAAGCGGGAUCUGCCGGUGUCCCCCGGGCUGGCAGGGUCCCCGCUGCCUGCAGCCCUGCCCGAACGGGACGUUUGGGGCGGGCUGUGGGGAGCGCUGCGUGUGCGCCCACGCUGACCGCUGCGACCCAGUGACCGGACAGUGCCUCUGCCUGCCUGGCUGGACAGGGCCGCAGUGCAAGCAGGGCUGUCCCCAAGGCUCCUGGGGUCWCGGCUGUCGCAUGUCCUGCUCCUGCCGCAACGGAGSCUCCUGCUCCCCCCAGGACGGAUCRUGCACCUGCGCCCCGGGGUUCCGCGGCCCCACCUGCCAGCGCYGUGAGUGGACACCCCCCCAAAAAGCCCAGGUUGCCCCCAGCCUGGUCCUUAAGCCCUGAGCUGAGGUCAGGUGUGCCGCUCUGUCCCCAGCCUGUCCCCACGGGCGCUACGGCAAGCGCUGCUCGCUGAGCUGCUCCUGUGCCAACGGCUCCUCGUGCCACCCCACCAACGGCUCCUGCCUGUGCGCCCCGGGCUGGCGMGGACCCCGCUGCUCCCAGCCCUGCGCCCCCGGGACUUUUGGGCUCCAGUGUGACCAGCUCUGCCGCUGUCCCCACAACGCCACCUGUGACCCCACCAACGGGACGUGUCCCUGCGCCCCAGGUGCCACCGGUCCCCACUGUCAUCCCGGGAGCCCUGACCAGCCCUACACCAUCGAGCCAGCCCCUCCUUUAGCCUACAGCCCCCUGGGCAUGGUGCUGAGCCUGGUGGCCCUGGUGGUGCUGCUGGUGGCCGUGGUGGUCACCACCCUGUGCUACCAUCACCGGCAGAAGAGGAAGGAGAGCCARCACCUGGCCGUGGCCUACAGAGCUGGACAAACGGACACCUCGGACUACAUGGUGCCAGAUGUGCCACCAAGCCACCACGCGCACUACUACUCCAACCCCAGCUACCACACGCUGUCCCAGUGCCCGCUGCCCGCCCCCGGACCCCAGGACAGAGCCAGCUCCCUCAAGGUGCCUGGCACCCAGCUCUUCCCGAGCCUGGAGAGACCCUACAGCCCCGAUGGUAAUGCCACGAUGCCUCCYGACUGGAAGCACCUCCGGGCAUCGGCCCUGGGGCCCAGGGAGCACCCCCGGGAGGGGCUGGGUGCCAGCUCCAGCUCCCUGGCCAGCGAAAACCCCUACGCCACCAUCAAGGAGCUGCCCCCUGCCCUGGCCAAGGCCCUCGAGGGCAGCUACAUGGAGAUGAAAUCCCCUGUGAAGCGGGAGAUGUCCUACGCCGAGAUCGGGCUCCUCGAGGAGCCGCCACAGGAGGAGAGUUGUCCUGAGGAUCCUGAGGGCCCUCCCCACAGAGACCCCCCCAGCCACUACGACUCCCCCAAAAACAGCCACAUCCCCUGUCACUACGAUGUCCCCCCCACCCGCCACUACCCCCCGUCACCACCGCUGCGCAGGAAGGACCGCUGAGGGGACGAGGGACUGAUGCCUCAAACGAGGCUCGCCAGACAAAGUGAAGAAAAUAAAACCGACAAAUUUAA